AUGGCUACCCCGUCAGAUGUCUCAAUGCAGGAUCUUACGGGCUCUUGGACACUGAGUAAAACUCUUUCCGACCCAUUUGACCGAGUCUUCGCCAUCCAGGGCAUUCCAUGGAUAAUUCGCAAGGUUGUCAGCAUCGCCACGUUGUCAUUGAAGGCGACCCAGCAGGUUGACGAAUCCGGAACAAAGACACUGGUCUUCACCCAGGCCGUGUCCGUCGCCAUCGGUGGGCUCAGCGAGGAGAAUGAAGUGCGCGUGCUGGAUUGGCGAGAGGAAUUCCAUUCGUCGACUCUGUUCGGCACCAGCUCUCACCGGUCCCGCCUGGUAAAUCUAUCGGCUGCUACCGGCCACGACGGGAAGCCCUUGCACUCGUUCUUGAGCCAAGGCCUUCUGGACGAAGGGGAACCCGGAGGUGACAAUAACUUGUAUGAUCUUGUCGUCCAUCAGACCAAUGGCUGGGUCAUGGAACAGAUAUGGGGAUUUGGUAUGUUGAACGAUGAGAGAUGGCUUAUGAGAACCAUGGUCGUCAGGAAAGGCAACGAGGUGGCUACUGCCAGAGCCAUUUAUGACUGGAAGGGAAAAGAGGAUGGCCAAUAACGGGGUUACUCUGUAUAGUUCAAGAGCAGAUACUCUUG